AUGCGCAGAUUUGUGAUUUGGGUGGUUGCUGUAAUUACAACAAAGAAAGCUGACAAUAAUGCAUCUACCAUUGCUGUCAACAGGUUGAAUGACACCUUGUUAGUUCACACCUCAGCCAAGGUACUUAACAAUUUUAAGAACCUAUUUAAGAAGAUAUUUAAGAAAGCUGAUAAGGUUACAAUAAAAAAAGCUGACAAUAAUGCAUCUACCAUUGCUGUCAAUAGGUUGAAUGACACCUUGUUAGUUGACACCUCACCCAAGCUGAUAAGGUUGCUUUUCUUGCUUGACAACCCAUUGUCAGGCUGUCAAUUACUGGGACAAGAAAUCAUUGAAGGAUUUGAGAGUGAACUCAGUGAAGAGGGUUUUAGUUAUAAAAUUAUUGGAAUGAGUGCAAGAGCCGUGCUAUUGAUGGAACACUCCCAAAUAACAACUACUGAAGAUAUGAAUGAAAGUGUAGUAUCUUUAGAUGACAUUGUUGAAUUGGAGAAAGAAAGUGAUGAGUUAAGUGAAGAUGGUCAAUGUGAAAUUAUGAAUCAAGACAAAGAUGGUGAUUGUAUGCAAGACAAUUGCCAAGAAAUUAUGGGAGAUGAUAGUGAGUUUAAUGAGCCUCCUAUAUUGGGUAGAGUUUUUGAGACAGCUGAAGAAGCCUACGAUUUCUAUAAUGAUUUUGCAAAAGUUAAGGGGUUCGGAAUACGUAAGCGUUACUUUAACAGGAGCAGAAGAACACAACAACCAUGUUUGUGGAAUUAUGUGUGCUCAAAACAAGGUGUCAAGAAUCUAAAUGAUAAAAGAAUUGAUGUUAGCAAUGUCAAAAGGCGAAGGGAUACACGGACUGAUUGUUCGGCGAUGUUCCAAAUAAAGUUGGUGAACGGAUUAUGGAAAGUAGAGAAGUUCAAUGAUUCACAUAAUCAUCCAUUGAUUAACACUCCAUCAAAGGUGACCAAGUUUUCUUCUCAUAAUGAUUUACGUCGCUCAGAUUUUACUAAAUCCAUUGUUUCUAAACUUUAUGGGGAGGGUUUAACGUCUUCAAAAAUCUCAAAGGUAGUGAAUGCUAUGAACAAAGAAGUUAACAUCACUCUGGAUCAAAUUAGCACUAUUAUAUCAAGCCAGCGUAAGAAUAAUGUAGGACGAGAAUGUCAGGGCAUCAUCAAACACUUUCAAAAGAAGUCUGCUCACGAUGGAUGUUUUUAUUUUGAUAUGCAGUUGGCAGAAGAUGGUACGUUAAGAAGCGUCUUUUGGGCAGAUGGUAGGUCGAGAGCUUCCUAUGGUCAAUUUGGGGAAGUCCUUGUCUUUGAUGUGACUUACAAAACAAACAAGUUCAAGUUUCCUUUUGCUCCUUUUGUUGGGGUUAAUCACCAUGGGCAAUCAAUUUUAUUUGCUGCUGCUUUGUUAGAGGAUGAAACAGAGGCAACCUUUACUUGGUUGUUUGAACAGUUUCGGAUAUGCAUGUUUGAGAAGUCUCCUGUUGCUAUUAUUACUGAUCAGGACAAAGCAAUGGGGAAAGCAAUUGCUAAGAUAUUUCCAAGAGCACGACAUCGUUUCUGUGCAUGGCAUAUCAAAAAGCAUAUUUUGGAGCAUAGUCAAGCAUUACGUGCACAAUUUAAAGAUAGUUUUGAUGUUGACUUUCAUGCAUGGUAUAAAAGUCGAAGCAUAGAUGAAUUUGAAGACAAAUGGGAAGCAUUAAGAACUAAAUAUGAUAUUAAAGCAAGUAGUUGGUUGGCUAACAUGUAUGCUUCACGUAACCAUUGGGCAAAAGCAUACUUGAAAGAUACUUUUUUUGUUGGAAUGACUACAAGUGGCCGAAGUGAGAGCAUCAAUGCAUUUUUUGAUGGAUAUGUCAACUCCAACACAAUGUUAAAUGACUUUGUUACCCAAUAUGAUAAAGCAAUCAAGUCUAGAAAAGAUGCAGAGGAAGAUGAAGAUUUUAAAACUAGAAAUACAAAAGCAAAUUUGGAGAGUAAUCAUCCAAUUGAAGCAAUAGCUGGAGAGCGCUACACAAGAAAACUGUUUGAAAUUUUUAAAAAAGAGUGGAGGGCUGCCACACAAGAUUACUUUCACGAAAAGAUGUCAACAGACGAGCAUAAUAUUAGGUACCGUGUGGGGUCUCCCAAAGUUAAUAAAGAGUUAUGGGCAAUUGUUGAUUACAAUUUGAUAGAAAGUUCUACUACUCAUUGUUCUUGUGCAAAGUUUGAGACUAUGUGGAUUUUAUGCAAACAUAUUUUGUACAUCUUCAAGAAGAAACAAAUGAUGACCCUUCCUGAAAAGUAUAUUUUAACUAGAUGGACCAUGAAUGCAAGCUAUAAGGCUGAAAAUAUUUUGUCUGUUCAUUCUGAAACAACUACCAGUGAAGUAAGUGAAUUGUCUUUGUUGUCAACUCAGUCGAAGUGCAAUUUAGCUAUUUCUGAAGCAAAAGAUUGUUUUCAUGAAAUUAGAAGAUUUGAUGCUAUUGUUGAUGAAUUUAUUCAACAACAAUUAGAAAGAAAGAGAAAAAGAAUUGAUGAGGAAACCUUAAGCUCAACUGUACCUUCACAAAGUGGUUUCAUUCCUUCUCAAGUUUCACUUAAUUAUGUUCGAGACCCCACUCAAGCAGUCAAAACAAAGGGGCGUCCAAAAGUUGCUUCACGAAUUAAAUCAAGCAUUGAGUUAGCAGCCAAACAACAAAAGACUUGCAGUUAUUGUCGAGAGAAAGGUCAUAAUAAGACCAGUUGUAAGAAGCAAAUGAUGGAUGUUGCAAGAGAGAAGCAAAAGGAAUAA